CCAGGUUGUUACCACCGGAGGCUGGGAAGGUGCUGCCGUCGGGGAGAGCCGCUCGCGUCCUUGUGCCCGUUCGGGCGAAACGGGGGCAGGGCAGGGCAGGGCAGGGCCGCGUUCCCGAUCGGAAAUCAGGAAGAGCCGGGCGAGGAGGCGCGGGAUCUGGGAUCCUCUCUCCCCUUGGUGGCUCCGAGAAGCAACAUGGCGUUUCCCCGGAGCGCUCGGGCUCCUUCUCUGGGCAGGGUUGGAGACUUUCCUCCUCCUCCCAACGGAGUGGCGCCCUAAAAAAGGGGGAAAAAGAAAAAGAAAAAGAAAGAAGCGAAGCCGUUCCAGAGAUGUGAAGGAGAGAAAAACGGCUCUCGAAGCUCCGUCGAGCCCAGCAAGUGGAUUUUGUUGUUUUGUUGUUUUUGUUUUUCCUCGGGGAUUCGGAUUCGGAUCCGGGCCACCUGUUACUCCGAGGGCAGCCCGAGAGCCUUUUGGCGGCGAGUGGCGCUUUCUCCCGAAACGGCGCUGCUCCCGGUCUCGGAGAAAAUGGAGCGCGACGGACUUUCCAGCGCGGAUCAGGAGCUGAUCCGGGAGAGCUGGCAGAAAGUGGGCGACAGCCCCUUGGAGCACGGCGUCGUCCUGUUCACCAGGCUUUUUGAUUUGGAUCCAGACCUUUUGCCCCUUUUCAAGUACAAUUGCAAGAAGUUCUCUACUCCUCAAGAAUGCCUCUCAUCACCUGAGUUCCUGGAACACAUUAGAAAGGUAAUGCUGGUAAUUGAUGCAGCUGUAACUCAUUUGGACAAUUUGCACUGCCUGGAGGACUACCUCGCUAAUCUUGGCAGGAAACACCAAGCAGUUGGGGUAAAGGUUGAGUCCUUUGAGGCUGUAGGAGACUCCUUGCUCUAUAUGCUGGAGAAAUGCCACGGUCCUGCCUUCAAGAUGAAUGUGCGUGAAGCCUGGAUAAAGCUGUAUAGCACUGUGGUCAAAGCCAUGAGCUGCGGCUGGAAUGUUCCCAGAAAGGUGGAAUAAUCUCUGAUCAAGAUGCUUGGAGCGCUUUGCUGUUCCGUGUCAGAAACAGCUUUGAUGAAAGAGCAUGCUCAGCUUUUUCAGCUUGAUGUAUUUCAGAGUAAUCUCGACAGCUUUCUUUCUGUCUGUUGCUUACUUUUGCAUUCCCUGUCUCUGUGUGUGGCAGUGUGCUCUAGAAUUCAGCAUAGCAGGUCCACGUGUAGUGAGUGGCGUGUAAAACAUUUCAUUCCAAACUGUUUUAAGUACCAAAAUUCUCCUCACCCCGUGUGAAAUAGGCUGUUUUGAGUAAUUUGGAACUGAUUCGAGCUCUAAACAGUUCUUUUGACCUUAAAAAUAUUUUCAGAAUUCUCAAAACAACCAGAUUUGUAUUUUUUUUAAAAAAAGAACAGAUUAACGUUCAAAUUGGGAAAUUUUGUGAAGAUGAAAUGAUUCAAAAUGAAAUUUUGCAUAACUCUAGACUGUUUGCAGGUAAGGAAAGUGAAGAAAUCUGGAGUUCCAAUUGUAUGUUGAUUGCAGUGGCUUUCUUGCCUUUAAGCACUUUUUUAAUCAAUCAUUUUUUAAACAAGACAAUGGACAAAUAGAAAAAAAAGUAUACAGUGUUAUAGUAACAGUAACUGAACAGAGAUGCAAACAUUGUACAGUUAGUACUGAGUAUAGCAUUGAUAAAAGGUUAGCCUUAAAAAGCAAAAUACAUUGUCAUUUUUAAUAAAAAAAAGGGUUUUAAAGAUUUUUUAAAUCUCUGAGCUGAAUGCAUGAUUUUCAAAAGCUCUUUAUUUUCUCUGUUUAUAAAGAUCAAAUGUAAAGAUUUUUUAAGCAUACAAAGGCUAGCCAGGUUUUUUUUUUUUUUUUUUAGUAAAGAAAGGUUACAGAAAUUCUUUCUGUAAAUUGUGGGCAUUUCUUUGGGAUUAUAUAAGCAGUACAGUUCCCCUCCACCCCAAAAAAGUGGAAUUCUUUCUAUACAUUAAUAAUUCUUCUAUACACUAUACAAUGGGGCUGGAAAAAAGUUGGGCUUUUCAAAUGCUUAGUCUCAAGUUACAAUUUAAAAACCAGUAAGUACAGCCAGUUCCUUCUGUGCAAAAAUAAAAUCUUGAAGUGGAAUUAUAAUUGAUGCAAGUAAACGCUUAGGAGAAUGUUUGGACUUUGUCCUGAUUUCUAGCUGAAGAGAUCCAUCCCAUAACAUCAACUUUUGUCAAUUGCUAGGUUCUCAUAUCUUCUCUUCUUCCCAAGGCACUGUCUUACAACUCUAUGGGUGCCUACGGAAGGGAAGAGAAGACAAGAAUGAUCAACAGCCAGGUGGGUGGAUUCAGUUACAGUAACAAUGGAAGACCUGAACAAUCAGAAUAGGGACAGAUCAUCAUGGAGAAAAUCAGUCUAUGUGGUGUUAAGAGUUGACAGUGUCUUGAUGGCUCACAACCAAGCAUGGGUACCUGAUAAGACAACCUACCUUUCUGAGUUUUAAUUAAAACUACCUUUCUAGUUCUUGAUCUAGCCUAGUGCCUGCUUUGAAAGUAAGUAUCAAUUUCUUAAUUUUUGGAGUAGGGAGGGAGCAUUUAAAAUAGUGCAGCAUUCUUCCUUUUUUUCUGUUCUUUCUCCAGCGGUAAAUUGACUCAUAGAAAAAAAAAUCCAUGGAGGUCAACUCUGGGCUUACUAUAUAAAGAGGCAAUGUGCUUUUCUUUACAGUAGGGGAAGAGCAUUACAUGACAAUAUUGGCUUGAGAUCCUUUUACCAAACUUUUGAGCUAGGCAUAUAAACUUGGAAAUAUAGUUCUACACUGAAUUAUUCCACAAACACCAUUGGAAUCAUUCUAGGAUUAAGAAAGACCUGCUUCUCUUUUGCAGAUCAUGAAAAGAUAACUCUUACAAAAGCUUCUUGCCAAACAAAUUAGUUAGACUUUGAGAGGUGCUCAAAGUCUUUUGGUUCCUUUUGCUGGAAAACACUGAUGCAACCAUUCGUUUGGAAAGUAUUAAUAGAAAUAUUUUCAGCUAAUGUAGAAUUAUAUCUUGACAUAUUACUUAAUAUUUAAAACUAUAUAGUUUUGAUGAUAACACAUGGCUAAUUUUCUAAAUAAAAUAGAAACAGUUGUUUGCCUAUUAUCAUGCUUUAUCUUCAUGCCUGAAAUUUUGCCUAUAAAAAUCAGUUUACAGUCCCACCUUGGCAUUUAUUUAGUUAUUGCAGUAUCAUUGUAAGACAUAUAUAUUCUUUUGUGUAACACACACAUACACACACAUACAUUUCCCUCCAAACAGGCCAGGCCAAAUUACUUUGAAGGAUGUCAGAAAUUAUCAGAGGAUGCCAUGUAUUCUAGAAUGUAAUGAUGGUGUCAGAAUCUUCAGUGGAGUCUAUUUCAUCUGUGAAGCGGUGGUGAUAUUUCUUUUGAAGACAAGGAAUGUAGCAUAACAUUCAUAAUAUUUGUGAGAACAUGGAUGCAUAAUACUGGAAUGACAGGAAAUGAUAUGCUUUUUAUUGGUUUAUUCAUCUUCUUAUUAUUUUGUCAGCUUGUGAUUCUGAGGUCCACAGAUGCUCAGGAGUUGACAUGUGUGGAAUACACUUGUUUAUGAAAUGACAAACAUUAACUGUAUUUGAAAGCCCAUUUGCUGCUUUAGCUGGUGUGUGUAUUUCAUUUCUGUGAUAGAAGUGCUAUUCAUUUCCUGAUGUACCAUCCUAUUUCUCCUCUACCCUAACUCUUCUUUUCUAAUUAUUUCCCCAUAACUAUUCAUCUCAUCAUCUUGAAUACUUCUGAGCAAUCCCAGUGAACAAAGUCUCCUUUUAUCUCCCUUAUUUCAAGACACUCCAAUGGGGGAUUCCUGGAAUAUUGAAUCACAUUUUAUUUGAUAGUAUGGGGAAACUGCAGGCACCAGCAGGAAUGAUCGGAUAAGCUCUCUGGGGAGGAAAAAUAGAAUAAUGAAGCAAAGUAACAUAAAGGAGGAACAUGCACCAUAUGCCUCCUGACUGAUCAGAUUUUGUAUUGAUAUAAUAAAAUAUCUGUCUAGGUUCUUCAAGUGGCUUCUCUCUUAAUACAGAUGUUGAUGUUAUUUUUGGAUUGAAGUCUUAGACCAAAUAGCAGAUUUAUGUUGGCUAUUUGUCAGUGUGUCCCUCUAAAGCAGGGGUGUCAAACUCGAUUUCAUUGAGGGUCACAUCAGGGUUGUGUUUGACCUGGGGGUGGGCAUGCACGUGGCCAGAGUGGGCAUGGGUGUGGCCAGCUUCAUGUCACUCGUGUCAGGUGUGCCUGUGGCCCAAGUGCUCUGCCAACGAAAACAGGCUCAUGAGCUCCAUUUUCAGCUAGGAUGGCCUCCUACAGCCCACUCCCAGCAAAAACCGAGCUCAGGGGGUGGGCUGCAUGUGGCCCUCAUAGCUCUGUUUUUGGCCGGGACAGCCUCCUGCAGCCCUCUGCCAGCAAAAAUGGAACCCCCUCGAGCUCCGUUUUUGCUGGCAGAGGGCUGCAGGAGACCGUCCUGGCCAAAAACAGAGUUCUACUGAGCUCUGUUUUUGCUGGCAGAGGCACUGCGGGCUGGACUUUCGCUUGGGCAUCCCUUGGGCCAGAUUUGGCCUCUGAGCUUUGAGUUUGACACCCCUGCUCUAAAGGUAAUAGAAUUAUAGAUUUUUAGCAUUGGGCUCAUGUAACAUAUUUAGCACAUCUACAGAUCCAGUCUGAUGGGAUACAAAAGCUCAAAAACAGUCCCUUGGCCUGUAUGAUAACUACUCUGUUUUCUUUCUCUUCUCUAAUAGUUUUCUUGUCUUCUGCUCUAUUUUUUCUUCCCCUCAAUCCAUCAUCAUUAUCCAGUAAACAGAGAUAUACCAGUAUCUGAAUAUGACUGCAGAUAGCUGUGGAAUAUGGCUACUAGCAAUAGUACAAAAUAUGAUCAGAUUCUCUGUUGGCCAUCAAAAAGUCUUAUAUUUUCCUUUUCCUAGCUGUGCAUAAAUAUAGUUUUGUUUUAAAAAAGAGUUCCCCACUGAAUCUUCACACAGUUCCUCAGGGCUUGAUUCUUUCUUAUGCCUAUUCAAUUAGUAUCCCAUCAUAUUAGAUAAUUGCAAACAAGUGUCUCAUAAUUAUGAUUGAAUUUUAUUCCCUUGAAGAAACAGAAGAAGAGAGAGACACAUCUGGAUCUGGAAUGCACUGCUUCCAAUUGAAGUGGCAGUGCAAAUUAUGGACUGCAAAUAUCACCCGAAAUGCCAGAGCUAUUUUAUGCCUCUCCUAGUUGUUGACUGCUUUUUUUUGUUUGUUUGUCUGCCUGCAAGGACAUACAUGUACACCAUAUUUUGUUAAAUUCUAUAGAGAUAAAAACCAACAUUUGGGGAAUAUCAGUCCUCCACUGACUAUUCUAGCUGUAAAUUUAAUCCACUAGGACAGGUUUCCCCAACCUCCGGUCCAUGGAUCUGCACCAGGCUGCGGCACGCCAGAAACUGGGUUGCUCAAACAAGCGAAGCCCCAUCCGCGGGAUGCAGGCAGAACACACAACUACGCCCCCUCUGGUCCGUGGAAAAACUUUCUCCACAGAAACAGUUCCUGGCACGCAAAAGGUUGGGGGCCACUGCACUAGGAAUUUAGUACUGUGUCAUCAGCACUUUACAAAAAUGUUGUUUACUUUGUUCCUUGAAUAUGCCUGCUUUUUCCAAUAGAGUUAGGUCCAAGCAGGGGUGAAAUGGUACCAGUUCGGACCAGUUCGGCCAAACCGGUAAUGAUGGUGGCGAGUGGUUCAGAGAACCGGUAGCGAUGAUAGCGUGAGGCUCCGUCCACCCACCCGGUUGUUGUUACUUCCUGGUUUUAACCAGGAAGUAACCUGUUUUUUACCCUCUGCGUAUGUGCAGAAGAGCUUGCGUAUGUGUAGAGGGUCUGCGCAUGGCGCAUACACUUCCAAACCGGUAAGGAAGGUAAGUAGAUUUAACCCCUGGGUCCAAUUAUAUCUUCUCUCAGCCCAUACAGAAUGCUGCCAUUCUUGCUUCUUUGAUUGCUAUCACAGAAGAGAAGGAAGAUAAAUCAUGGCCACAUAACUGGAUUAUUCUGUUUUCUGUUUUGGAAUUAUACGAAACCAACAUGUAUCCAGCUAGUAGUAUCAAUUUGGACUUCUAUAAUUUUUGCAGGGAAAGGCCAUUUGUGCGCUUGAGUUCAAUAACUUGCUUAAUGAAGGAAUUCAAAUUCUAGCAUCACUAGCUGUUCAUCCACUGGUUGACUAUUCCAUAAAGACAGCCUACCCACUUUUUUGGGAUAAUUGUUUCUGUUACACAAUUGCUCUUACUGUUAGCAAGGUUUUUUUUUUUCUUACCUUCAGGAUACUUUUUUUUUUUACUUUCCUUUAACAUUGUUCUGUGUCUUGCACUCUAGAACAAUAGAAAAUAGGUCUUCAACAUCCGUUGCAUGGCAACCUUUCAGAUAUAUAAAGAGUACACCAUACUCUUCCUCCUUAGUCUCUAGACUGGAUAUUCUUUAUUCCUUCAAUCUUUCCUCGUAGGGCUUGAUUUCUAGUCUCCCAAUCUUCCUUGCUACACUUCUUCCUUGCUACAAAUUGAGCCUUACAAUUAGUCUGAAUCCUUUCCUAGAGUGUGAUGCUUAGAAAAUGACAAAAUAUUUAAACUGGAUUCUGACCAAUUGAAAAAAAAAUUACAUUUGUCUCUAUUAAAAAUUGCAUGUUGUUAUUUACAGCUGAUUUCUCUUACUCAAGUGAUUCUUUUGAGUUUUGUCUUCCAGAAUAUUAACUAUUCCAUCCAAUUUUAUCUAAACUGAAAGUAUAUAAUUAUAACUUGAAAAGCAUUCCUUCGGUUUUUCAGGUAUUCAUUCAAAAUUCAAUUACUGCCAUUCCACUGAAUGCCAAAGACAGUCCCUAGAAUCGCCAUUCUAUGUGCAAACUAUAUAUUCUCCCACUAAAUUAUUACCUUUCUCCCAGAGUGUCACAAGUUUUGCAGUUCAAGUCAAGAUGGAAGAAUUGCAAUAGCAGUUGAAGAAAAAUAGCAUCUAUUUUUCUUCAGUUCUAGGAUCUUCCCACCUCCAGAAGGGAUACUUAUUGGGCCGUGCUAUAUGUCUUAUAUUACUCUACAUUCAUCUCCAUUUUGAAUAAGCGAUAUGGAUAUUGACAGAUGAAAGCUGAGGAGCAUAAACCUUUUAAAAUAUUUCAUGUAUUUCCAGUUUGCAGACUGGUGCUUAACACUAAGGAACAUAGGAUUCUCCCUAUGUUCAACUCUGAUUUCAAAAGUAUGUGCUACCAUUGUUUCACACUUCUUCUGGGAUGUGCUGUGUGUGGACAUAGAUGGACCUGGAUUUGCUGAGGAUUCAAAAUCUGCCUUUUGAAACCCACAUUUUAGGCUAAUGCUUCCCUAAGGCAAAAGCAACAGGAACCACUAGUAUCCCUCCACAGCGUUUGUCCGAUCUAAAUCUUUUCUGCGGUCUUAUAUUAUAGCAACAAUUUUGGCAAGAGCAAGCUGGCUUUCUGGGAACUCUGAUUUCCAUAGAAACAGGAGGAGGAAUUUGCCAAGGCAGAUGGUUGCCGGCAACAGCAGCAGCAGGUAGCCCUUCCUCAUUGCCUGAGAGUCAUUGGACUUCUAGGUGAGAGUAAGCUAAUAGUACAGAACAGAUGAUUGCAUAUUAUUAUUUAAAUUAGAGCAGUAUUGGCCUGAUCUGAUGGUGAGAGAUUUAAGAAUAUAGAGCAGGGACUUUUAGUGUCCCUAUAAAUGAAAGGCACUUCCCUAUAUUGUGUUCCUUCCCUUUUUGUCUAUAAUUGAUUUGUGUGUGAAUGCUGUGCUAAAUGGAUGCUGGAUCUGACCUCAUAAGAUGCUGUUAAUGUUCUCUACUGCUUACCUCAAGAGUUUAAACAAACCAUGUUCGUUAUGUAACAACUUUGUUAUGUGAAAUUGCCACUACGUACCAAUUUUAAUAAAAGCUAUACUCAGCGGUGGAGUUAA